AUGGAAAAGCACGCUGCUGCAGAGAUGAUGGACAACGCAAUUGUGCGAAGUCUUGAAGAAGAAUACAGAAAAGCUUUUCUAUAUAUAAAUAAGGGAUUGAGCACCGAUGAAACGGGUUACAAAGAAGAGGCUCGUAACUAUUAUAAGCAAGGACAGGAGCAUUUACUAAGAGGAUUAAGUAUCUCCUUGCAGGGACCUGAGUGUGUUGGCCCAGCUUGGGAUUCUGCCAGACAAAUGCAAGCUAAGAUGCAGGAAACUUUGCAGAAUGUUAAUACACGACUGGGUAUCUUGCAGCAAAGAAUGCCUUCUGCUCCAGUGAAUCCUGCUCUGCCCAAUGCAUCAGCACAAGUACCCCGUCUGUACCCAGAACUGCCUUCUAAGGACAAAGAUAGGCCAGAAAGACCACCCCCUCCCCAAAGCCUUGCCAUACCACCACCAUCAUGCCCAGUGAAUGGCGCCUCCCCAGUUCCAGGAAAUGAGCCUGUGCCAUUAAUGAGUACUCUUGUACCAACAGUUGAACCUCCCGGCUUACCCCCACAGGCAACAGAAGGGCAUUACACUGUUUCUUAUGGGACAGAGUCUGGAGAACUUUCUACAGUAGGAGAUGAUUUCUACUCUAUGCCAACUCAACCUCCACCAGUGCAGUCCCUGGGGGUGGAUGCUGAGGAACUGAUACUUAUCCCCCGAGGUGUUCAAAUUUUUUUUGUUACUCCUGAUGGACAAGUCAGUGCUCCCUCAUAUCCAGGAUAUCUCCGUAUUAUAAAGUUUAUGGACACCACGAGUGAACUGGCACAGAAUCGGCCACCAGCCUUCCUUCAGGUCUGUGAUUGGCUGUAUCCCCUCAUUUGCACCCAGUCUCCUGUCCUGCGUUCUAACACUGGAGCCUACAUGUUUCCUGAUUUGAUGAGCCAGGUGCCUGGGUCCUAUGUCGGAGUGGUGCUGUCUGCUGAGUUGCCUCCAGCUGACCUAGAGCUCUUUGAGGAUCUGCUAAGACAGAUGUCUGAUCUGAGAAUACAGCUGUCUGAAGAUUCUGGUGAACGUAUCAACCUGAGUGAGAUUGUACAUGUGGUUCCUGCACCUGAAGCAAAGGAGAAAGAAGAAUUGCCUGAGUGGAGUGAGAAGGUAGCGCAAGGCAUCCUGUCAGGGGCUUCUUGGUUGAGCUGGGGUCUAGUAAAAGGAGCAGAGCUGACAGAAAAAGCCAUACACAAAGGUGCUACAAAAUUAAGAGAACAUAUUCAACCCGAUGAACGGCCCAUGGAGGUCAAUCCGACUGUGGCUAAAGGACUGAAUGUAGCAAAGCAGGCAACAGGUGGCGCUGUUAAAGUCAGCCAGUUUUUGGUGGAUGGGGUGUGUGCCAUUGCAAGCUGUGUGGGCAGGGAGCUAGCGCCACACGUAAAGAAGCAUGGCGGUAAGUUAGUUCCAGAAGCGCUGAAGAAAGAUAAAGAUGGCAAGUCCACACUUGAUGGAGCCAUGGUGGUGGCCGCCAGUGGAGUACAAGGAUUUGCAACAGUCUGGCAGGGCUUGGAGUAUGCAGCAAAGAACAUCACUAAAGGUGUUGCAACAGAGACUGUACAGACUGUCAAAUAUAAGUAA